AAACCUUUACAAUAGUAUAAAUAGCUGCACAUCUCGUGCGUAAAAUUAGAAGGGUAGUUGAAUUUAGAACCGAUCUACGACAAUGGAGUUCAGUUCGUUGAUUUUUCUGAUAUUUUCAUGCUCACUUUGUUACGUUUUUGCGUUGUCACCGAAACAAGAGGUGUGUCUUCUUCCAGGAGACGAGGGGCCUUGCAGAGGAGAUAGCCAGCGUUACUACUACAAUACUAUCACUCAACAAUGUGAGGUGUUCAGCUAUGGAGGCUGCCAAGGGAAUGGCAACAACUUCAUGAGUUUUAUGGAAUGUAAGAAAGCAUGUUUUAGGAUACCAAAGAUCCCCCAGAUCUGCAGGUUCCAGAAGGAGGAGGGCCCCUGCCGUGCCAUGCACUGGCGCUACUUCUUCAACAUGACCACCAUGCAGUGUGAGCAGUUUGUCUACGGUGGCUGUCAGGGCAACGAGAACCGCUUCCAGAACCAGAUGUCUUGCAUGGAGUACUGUAGACCACACAAAACUACUCCUGUGCUCUGCCUGGAUCCCCUGGAUAAAGGAGGCUGUGCUGCGUCUAUACUGCGCUAUUACUACAACUCAGCUUCCAGGAUGUGUGAGCAGUUCAUCUAUUCAGGCUGUGGAGGAAGCAGCAACAACUUUAUAUCCAGGCAAAGCUGCAUGGACGUCUGUGCUAAAGCUGGGAAACCAUGGAAACCCAGAAGAACAGGCUUGAAGAGAACAACCGCCAAAAAACGCAUUAGAAUAAAGUCUAAUAACGGUAUCAAAUCAAAUCAAAUUUUAUUAAAUGGUCAACAAUUUGAUUCAGUGAUUUUUAUUCAAAGAGACACAUGAAUUGACUGUAAAUGAACAGACAUUGAAAUGUUGAUUUGUAUGUUUGUUUUUUACUGCGCCAGAAGUAACUAGCUACUUGCACUGCCUUUUCUAUAGAUGUUAACUGUGAUGCAGUGUUGAAAAUAGCGAACCAACCACCCAAAUGGGAAUCAACCUACACCAGCAGUAUUUUUGCUGUGUACCUUUCUGAAGAUGGUGUAUUGUAGAAUACAUUUACCAUGGCAACUAUCAUACAAUAUAGCAUUUAAUUUUUGUUAGCAAAAUAAUGAAUGUAUUUUUUAGUAUUUUGUGUUUGUAACAUAGUAUAUUUCAACAAAAACCUUUGUUUAGCUUUAUAUGAAGUUUUCGCACAAUGGCAUAUUUUGGAUCUAAUUUUUAAAAAACUCAACUUUGCCUUGUCUGGAUAGUCCUGUUAUUAAGCAGGAAUAAGAACUGAAUGUGUAUCAAUCCUUAUUUUGUAUUUGUUCUUAACUGACUUGCCUAGUUAAAUUUAAAAAAUUACAUCUUUAUUUUCCCCUGGAUAUUCUUUGGUCACGUAUGCUUGCAUCGUCACCUUGUCCCUUCUCAUCUGGGUUUCCACGUGAUAGCACAGCCACAAGGUCAACAUUGGCUAUUAUCAUACAAAUUAAUGAGAACAAAAAUUCACUUUUUGGUCUUAAUUUAAGGUUACGGUUAGUCAUAAGGUUAGCAGUGUGGUUAGGGUUCGGUUUAAAAUCACAUUUUAAGAAGAGAAAUUGUAGAAAUAUGCAGGGUUUAUGGCUGGUCACAAAGUCAACACAUCAAUGUAAUAUGUGAUACAUACUGACACACCUGCAGGUACAUUCCCAUCCAUUAUACAAUUACAUGACAAUUCAGAUUUAUUUAGUUGUUUUGACAUGAACCCUAACUUGAAAGUUUUGGUUUGAAACAAACUCAGAAUAGAAAAGUAAUAACCUGUUCUGUUAACUCUCAUACAUUUGAUUGUAUCUGGAAAUAUUAGUUUUGGCAGCAUAAUCAGUAUACACAGUGUUUGACUUGGUCAGGAGCUCACCAAAACGGAGUACUGGCACCUCAAAAUGUCUACUGCUUCCAAUAGAAUAUUGGCUUAAAAAUAUUGGCUUAAAACUAUUGCAGAGUUCCUGCACCUAAAUACGGUAUAAACACUACCGGCACACAAAAUGAGUACCGGCACCAAUUUCAGACCAAGUGGUGUUGUGGUGUUGUCUCCUAAAAAUACACCUAGGAGCCUUUUUUUGUCAUCCUGUGCUUUUUCACUUUUUUUUUUUUUAAUGUAUCUAGGCAAGUCUGUUAAGAACAAAUUCUUAUUUAUAAUGACGGCCUACCCCAGCUAAACCUGGACCAAUUGUGCGCCGCCCUAUGGGACUCCCAAUCACGGCUGGAUGUGAUUCAGCCUCAGUGCCUCUUAGCACUGAAAUGCAGUGCGCCACUCAGAAGCAAUGUAGCAUUGUUCAACCACAUGAUUCAACCAUUCCAUAAGAUAAUAGUUACGGCACUGAUUCUGCAUCAAUAAAUAUUGAUGGAAGUCAUCAAAGGUAAACUGCUAGCCCAUUCAGUUGGGAUAUAAAUAGUAUAAAACCUGUCGGGCUGGUUCUCUAUUAGGACUCCAGGGUAAACCAUCCAUUGCUGAGGAUGUGGUAUCAGAAAGGAUGUCAUAAGUAGGCCUAUCAAUCUAUCUGGCUGUGGCUAUCUCCCUGUCCUUAGAUGGGGUCACAGGAUGCUAGCGUUGGGAAGGAGGCAGACAGUGACACAACUCAGAAAAUCCAAUAGAAAACCAUGGACCAGAAACGUAAUAAGCAUUAAAAAGGAUUUAGAAGGAAUUAAAAUGUUCGCAUAGUUGUUCUGUAUGCAAAUUGCUACUUUGAAGUUUGCACUCCUUGCUUUUGUAAAAAAAAACUAAGACGCAUUUCAGACAAGCUUGUUAAGUUUAAUCACAUAGAAAAUGUAUCCCUGUUUUUUGUCGCUUUGUUAUGAGAUAAAAUCUCCAGCAAAAGCCAUUAAAAGCUGUCCAUCUCUGUAA